UUAGGGUUUAUUUGUUGACUUCUCGCUUUCUUUCUCUUCCUCGGAGAGUCGGAGGCCAUCGAGGAGGAGCGAAGUCGCUCGGCGGACGCAGAUCUUUACGAUUGUGCAAAUAUUUUGAAGACAUGAACCCAAUGUCCACACAAGCAUUCAUGGGAACUCAAGCAGUUCCUUCCGUGCUUCAUCCUGAUAAUUUGCAGCAGCAGGAGCAAUUGCUUUUGAGUUUGCUGACUCACAUAAAAGACCAGUAUUCCACUCUUAUAACAACUGAACAAACGAAACAGAUUGAUGCUAUAGUUGACUCAUUUGUUUCUGAGGGUCAUAAAACAGAGAAAGAGCAGUAUGGUGGCACCCGCAAUCAUAUCCUUACAAACUUGACCCAAGAGCCCGCCAUUUCUCCUGGCGAUUACAAUGAAGGCGGUCAUUCUGCAUCCACACUAGAGAUUGUAUCUGUGGGAGGAACCACAAACAGUAGGAAACGCAAAAGAGUUGAGGAGUAUGUACCUUUGGACCAUACCACAAAAAAACUAACUGGAUCAGAAUUGUCACUGAACAACUCUCCAUUCAAAUCCAAUGAAACUGGGAAAACUCCACAAUCAGCUUCCAUGGUGAGGCCUGGCAUUCAGUCGCUUUGUGACAGAUUUAUUUACUUCUUUUUCUUUUCUUAUUUGUUCCUCCCGGAAGCCAUUUGUAAGGAGACUCUGAAUGGCCAUGUCAAUGUUCUGACUCGAAACCAUUGCAGUUACUUGCUGCAAUCUGAAUGGCCAUGUCAAUGUUCUGACUGUAAUAUCGUUUAUUGCUCACCAGACUCUGCAUCUACUUGCUGCAAUCUGAAUGGCCAUGUCAAUGUUUAUUUAUUGCUCACGAGACUCAAAAUCUUUGCAUUUACCUGCUGCAAUCUGAAUGCCCAUUUCAAUGUUCUGAUUGUAAUAUUGUUUAUUGCUCACAAAACUUGA